AUGCCACAGCCAAAGAUUCAAGCACCACAGACUCCAUUCUUGGCCACCCGCCCACUUGAGGUGGUUGCUAUGGAUUACACAACACUGGAACGUGCCACAGAUGGUCGUGAAAAUGUACUUGUAAUGACAGACGUGUUUACUAAGUUCAGUCAGGCCUUUGCCACACGUGAUCAGAAGGCAGAAACUACUGCUAAAGUCAUCCUGAAAGAGUGGUUUCUAAAAUAUGGAGUACCAGAGCGCCUGCACUCUGAUCAGGGCAGGAAUUUUGAAAGUGCAGUGAUUGCAGAGUUAUGUAGAUUGUAUGGGGUGAAGAAAACCAGAACAACGCCACAUCACCCACAAGGGAACCCCCAGUGUGAAAGGUUCAAUCGCACUCUGCAUGAUCUUUUGCGUACACUUCCCCCUGAGAAGAAGCGGCGUUGGCCUGAACACCUGUCAGAGCUUGUGUAUGCGUACAAUGUCACACCACACUCGACCACGGGGUAUUCACCCUAUUAUUUGCUGUUUGGAGUUCACCCUCAUCUUCCCAUUGAUGCACUGCUGGGCCAUGAACAGGAGAACAGUGAUAAACCAGACUGGUUGGCUGUACACCAGGAGCGUCUUCAAGAUGCACAUGCCAGAGCGAGAGAAUGUGCUGAACGAAAGGCUGAAGAGAGACUAGCUCAGCAGCAAGAGCGCGUGUACUGUCCAGAUGUUGAGGUGGGACAGCUGGUUUACCUCCGCCAUCGUCCACCAGGAAGGAACAAGAUCCAAGACGUUUGGUCAGCCACGGCGUACAAAGUUAUUGAGAUCCAAGGGACCACGUACACGGUGGAGCCCCUCGAGGGUGGGCCGGUAAAGAGGGUGCAUAGGUCCAACCUGCGGCCAUGUGUGGGUCCUGUGCCAGCGCCGAGGCGACGUCGCCAGUCAGCCACGCCUGUGGAUGAACCUGCCCCAAGUCACGAGUUGGAGAUGGAGUUCAUCGAGCCUGAGUUCAUUUUGGAGGAGAGAGUGACAUAUCCUGCAGCUGAGCCGGUUGCAACCCAGGAGAUUGAGGAUGUGGAUCCAGUGGUUGAGACCGAAUACCAGAAAGAAACUGAGAGAAUAGAAGAGAGUGAGGAUGGAUGUGAAGAGGAGAUGAGUGACGUACCUGAGGAGGGCUUGGAAACGGAAACAUUGCCCUGUUCUCAUCCACUAUCAGGAUCUCCCUCUGCACCUGCAGAGAAGCCAGAGGAAAGGCCUGUGCCUGCUCCCAGGAGGAAAAAAGAGGGGUUGAUCAGUGACUACAUUCAAACCGCCCGCUCCCGUGAGAUUUACCGGUUAAAUCUCACGGGAGCGGUCCCGUGGGACCCGGCGGGACUCAAUCCCAAUGCAGCCCUCUACUCUGGAGCAUCUUCACAGGACCGUGAAAGAGCAGAAGCAGCGCCGCUGCUCCCAGAACCACCGGCGUCCCCAGACACUGAGAAACUCCUGACAAACAUCCUGAACGCCAUUAUUCCCAGCCGCCACGUCCACGGAGGCCCCAUACCAGCCACAAGUAGGGUACUCGGGGACGGGAGAGGCGGCAUCGGCCCCCCUGAACCCUCAACCCCCGUGAUCCUGAAUGGGAAGAAGCAGAGCCAGGUCUCCGUGGGCUACGUUCACCCCGCUGCAGGCUUUGAUCCGCCCUCUGCAGACUCUGGAGCCCAGAUGGCUGUAAACCCCCCCGAUCCUGCGGAGGAGGGAGGAGGCCUCGUCCACGAGGAUGGAGCCGGCCCUCGCUCCAUCACCACUCAGUCCACAACUAGAGGAGCGGUGAGGAUGAAGGAGUCCGUCUGA